AUGGCAUCCGAAAAAAGCCAUGACGUUACUCCUAAUUCAUCACCAGAGGAACUUUCCGGUUUCCCAGCGGAUCGUAGCGAUAUAAUCCCAUUGCGCACGCUGUCGCUCGUCUCGGCUGUCGAUCUGGAAGCCCAGCGCCGCGAAAGAAACCCUUCCGGUAUCACACUAGAAUUGAGAUGGCAGACACCGCAACAACUUACAAUGUUUGCGCUAUCAAUUACAGUCAUCAUUUUUUGCUGGUCGUACAUCUUUCUCUAUAUGCCUCUACGAUGGUUGCUUAUGGCUUAUAA